AUGAACAAGCCAAACGGAGCGGUAGCGGGGGCGAGAGCGGAACUGCAAAACGAUUUACAGUUGCUCGGUGUUUAUCGCAGUGCUAUUUCAGAUGGAUUGUCUGUUUUAACUAAAGCACAAAACACUGAAAUAAAGCUGCGACAAACAUUGGAAGAACUGAAAUGUUGUAAGGACACAUGUAGUCAGCUUCUUCGAGAACGUGAUGAGAGUGAAGAAGAGAUCAAGAAAAUUAUAAAUAAGAACACAUUAUUGAAAAGUGAACUUGCACAGCUACAUUCACAGCAUGAAGAAGUGCUUCUUCAGCAAGUUGAACUACGUGACACCUUAAGUAGUUUUGACAAGGAUUGCAAGAUGUAUGAGAGAGCCCUUCAGCGCAUCACUGAGCUAGAACAGGAACUGAGCAUUGCAAACUCUCAAAUUACAGAGUAUGAGGAAGCACAACUUGUGCAUAAUCAAUUACAAGAAUCGCACAACACUCAUAGUCUGUUUGAGGAGCUGAUGGCAACACCUGGAGCACCAUCUACCCAGUUUGCAAUAAGACCUGAUAGUGUUGUUUUACAUCACCAUACACAAGAUGGCGCAUCGAGGGUGUACACGUCCAUAGACACGGUGAUGGCAAGCGAUGACAGCACUGCGUAUCCCGUGGAGUUUGUCAACUCAUUAGAAUUGACGGGCGUACCGCCCCACAAGCUGGAGCUGAAGGUUGGCGUCCCAGUUUUGUUGAUGCGUAAUCUUGACGCUCCGCGAUUGUGCAACGGCACAAGAUUACAAAUCAGGAACUGGGAAGAAACAUUGUACGAGCAACAAUACUUACGAGAGCAGCUAAAGGCGAGAGCGUGUUGA